AAAAUUUUUGUUAUCGGAAACCUAUAAACGUUCGUUUAUCUCUCGUCGCCAACGUGUGAAAUCACGUCUGCUUCACCUCCAUUAUUACAGCAAACACAUCGCUUUAAAAAGUGAAAGGCAUUGAAAUAUUCGUCAUUCAGUCGUACUCUUCGCCUCAAGACGUUCCAUCGCGUACCAAAAGUGAAAUACAUUUACCAACUUAACUUUCCGUGACUCAACCACUCAUCCAACCCCAAAAUGUAAACUCCCUUAAAAAAAACACACGAUGUUCUACUCAUUGUGGGUGCUACUAUUUAUUACAUUUGGCUCCGCCUAUGAUUAUCGCCACGCCCUCAAACUCUCCCUCCUUUUCUACGAAGCACAACGUUCCGGCCCUCUCCCUGCCUCUAAUCGCAUCACGUGGCGUUCAGACUCCGCCCUUGACGACCAUGGUCUUAACAACGAAGACUUGACCGGUGGUUACUACGACGCCAGCGAUUACGUCAAAUUUUCAUUUACGAUGGCUUUCACAACCACGAUUUUAACAUGGGGGAUGUUAUCAUUCCGACACGCCUAUAACGAAGCCGGCCAAUAUCAACACGGUCUCGAUGCCAUCAAGUGGGCCACGGACUAUUUUAUUAAAUGCCACGCAUCCAAGUACGAGUUUUACGGCCAGAUUGGUGAUUUUUCGCUUGACCACGCCUUCUGGGGGCGGCCCGAAGAGAUGAAUAUGACACGACCGGCCUAUAAGAUUGACAUAGAGCAUCCAGGGUCGGAUUUAGCGGGAGAGGCGGUGGCGGCAUUGGCAGCCGCUAGUCUUUUAUUUGAAAAUUUCAAUCAAUCAUAUUCAGACGAAUUGUUACGCCACGCGACUGAAUUGUACGAUUUUGCGACAAUGUAUCGAGGGUUGUAUCACGAUUCUAUACCAGGGGCUAAGGUCUAUUACGAAUUUAGGUCUACAGGGUACGGAGAUGAACUAACGUGGGCUGCCAUUUGGUUGUAUAAAAAAACCAAAGAUGUGAAAUAUAUCGAACAAGCCGAAACGUUUUACACGAAAUUUCGGAUUAAAGACAGACCGAACGAAUUUUUCUAUAAUAAAAAAGUGGCCGGCAUUCAGCUUCUUUUAGCUGAAUUAACACUCCGCCCAGAAUACAUCUCGACAAUAAAAAAUUUCUGCGAUUAUACAAUCAAAGAACAGAUCCGGACUCCCAAGGGCCUUAUUUUCAUCGACAAGUCAGGGACACUAUCACAUGCCGCUAAUGUCGCAUUCAUUUGCCUACAUGCCGGUCUUACUUUAAACAUAUCGCAGGCGGCUUAUGUCAGUUUUGCCAAAGAACAAAUCAACUACAUGUUAGGCUCAACGGGUCAAAGUUUUGUAGUUGGCUAUGGCCAAAAUUACCCUAAACAGCCGCAUCAUUCAGCCAGUUCCUGUCCGAAUUUGCCCGAACCUUGCGGGUGGAAACAAUUUACGUGGAAAGGGCCGAAUCCACAAAUUUUGUAUGGGGCCCUUGUAAGUGGCCCCGAUCAAAAUGAUCAUUACGAAGACGUAAGAGAGGAAUUUUUGUAUAAUGAAGUGACACUGGAUUACAAUGCGGGAUUUCAAAGCACUCUAGCUGGACUUAUUUAUAUUGAAAAUGAGAAUAAAUUGUGAUUUUGUGAUAAAAACUUAAUAAAAACUUUUCUACAA